CACUGACAGUGUACGUGUCAUUUCAGACUACGUGUACCAUUCAGUCUUUGUCAUCAUUCAGUGUUAGUUAUACUGAGUAGUUUCUGUUCAAUGGAGGCUGGUACAGAGAAUGGUGGGACUCUACUGCCUGGAAAUGAUGAAGAGUUGGAUGGAUUACUUUCUUAUCUGCUGGGGGAUGAGACUCUGUUUUAUGGUUUGAAUGAUCUGGCCUCACCUCUUCCUCUCCAUUGGGACUCUAUGGACCUACCCACAACUGACAACACUCAGACUCAAGAAUUGGAAUGGAAUCAAACUACUCAAGAAUUGGAACGGAAUGAAACUACUGAAGAAUUGGAACGGAAUGAAGUUAUAUCUAAUGUACUUCAUGACCAUUCGUACUGUAAGAAGGAAGGGACAGGUCAAGGGGCGGAGUCACCAGCGGACCUACUGAUGAAGGCUGAUAAUGAGGAGAGUAGUUCUGAUGGAGGUUACGACACAAUGUCUUCGUCUCCUGGCAGUAAGUUGAGUCCUCAUGCAAGUCCUAGCAAUAAGGAGGAGACUCCAUUCAGUAUUGAUCCUGUUAAACUCAUUGAUGAGAGAAUUAAAUAUUUCAUGAGUAAACACGAUGAGGUCAAUUUAACUGAAGAAGAGAAACAAACUUUAACAUCUGAAGGAUUACCCAUACCAACUACACUACCUCUGACCAAAACUGAAGAGAAAGCUCUAAAGACUGUGAGGAGGAAGAUUAGGAAUAAAGUUGCUGCCCAAGAGAGCAGAAACAAGAGAAAGAAAUACAUGGAAACGUUAGAAGAAAGGCUCAAGUCUUGUAGCAGUGAUAACAAGAGGUUGUUGAAGAAGGUUAGUUCACUGGAAACUGAGAACAAGAGCCUCAGACAGCAACUGGUACAGCUACAAGCACUUGUUACCAGGGCAACCAACCAAAGAGAACUGAGAGGACAAUUUGGCAGCUGUUUACUGGUUAUAGUGCUUUGUUUUGGUAUAUUAUUUGCUAACCUAUUGCCUUAUACUAAAGUAUCAUUGUCUUCAGAUAUCAGCACCACUGCUGCUACUGUUCGUUCAAGAUCAUUAUUAUCUGUUGAGUCAGCACAAUAUUCUUGGGCCCAUUGCUUUCUAUUAUUCUGUAAACACUUGUUGCCACGGCAACUGCCUCCGCCUGUAAAGAGUGCUACAGUUUCCAAGGCUAACAGUAAUUAUUUAUUUAACACAAACAGCACUUCAUCAUAAAUAUUGGAUAAUUCAGAACUAAUAUAAUUUAUAUAAAAAUUUAAACACUUAUCGUUGUAAUAAUAAAUUUAAUAGUCAAACAGUUUUAUUAAAGAUAUCUUAUUGGUCAGUAA